AUGAAGUCCGACUCUAUAACAGUUACAAAAGAGCCCGAGUGGGCGUACGGCUUUCAGCUGCUCAAUAUUUUGGCCGCUGUGACGAUUGUAUCUUUCCUUAUGCUUCUCGAUGGGACCAUCGUCGUUGCGGCUGUACCACGCAUCACAGAUGACUUCAAUUCUCUCAAAGACAUCGGUUGGUAUGGAGCUGCAUACCAACUAGGGAGUGCAGUCUUCCAACCGCUGACAGGGAAAAUAUACAUGAAUUUCAUUCCAAAGUGGUCAUUCUUGGCUUUCUUCAUUAUCUUCGAAAUUGGAUCGUUGAUAUGCGGAGUCGUUAGCACGUCGGGUAUGCUGAUAGGAGGACGGGUUGUCGCUGGCGUGGGCACGUCUGGCAUGCUGAACGGGACAAUGCUCAUCAUUGCAGAGUGUGUCCCAAUGCAAAAGAGGCCUAGUAGGUCACCACACGUCCCAAAACCUUUUCUUGGCCUUGCUCUCGGACCUCUGAUCGGGGGAGCUUUAACGGAAUAUUCGACGUGGCGAUGGUGUUUUUACCUUAAUCUCCCCCUUGGAGGUCUAGUCGCUGCAAUGCUAGUCUUUGUUCGCAUACCAAUGCAGCACCCACGUCCCCCGCCCCUUUCGACUAUUCGAAAAAUACACACAGUCCUUGAUCUCACAGGGUUCGCCAUAUUUGCUCCAGCCCUUGUCAUGCUACUUCUCGCGCUACAAGGUGGCGGCACCACAUGGUCUUGGAACAGCUCUCAAGUCAUUGGCCUUUUCUGUGGUGCAGGAGCUACGUUCAUCGUGUUCUUAUACUGGAACUAUCGGAAAGGCAUGACAGCGAUGCUCCCAUUCUCUAUCGCUGGCCAACAGACAGUUUGGACUAGCUGUCUUGUGUAUGGUUUGUUUAUGGGCAAUCUGUACACUGCCUCGUAUUGGGUGCCUGUUUACUUCCAAGGUGUUAAAGGAGUAUCGCCUUUACUCAGCGGUGUAUACAUUCUACCCAUGAUCAUCUCCCACGUCUGCGCCGCGCUCUGUUCGGGUCCUAUUGUCAAAAUUGUGGGCUAUUACGUCCCGAUAGCGAUGUUUGCGGCUAUUUUAUUGACUAUUGGAAGUGGUCUCAUGGCUACUUUUUCCCCCGAUACUUCUACUGGCAAGUGGAUUGGAUAUCAAAUCAUCUAUGGUGUCGGUCGUGGCCUUGGUCUACAAAUGCCUCUUAUCGCCGUCCAGAGUACUGUACUACCCCAGCAGCUUCCAAUUGCAAUGGCGCUUGUCAUUUUCAGUCAAUCCUUUGGUGCAGCCAUGAUGCUCAGUUUUGCUGAAACCAUAUACAGCAACAGCUUCAAGACUCUCAUUGCAAAAUAUGCGCCAUUAGUUAAUGCAUGGAGCGUCAUAGAUGCUGGUGCAACAAUGUUUAGAAGCAUAGUCCCAGGGACUGAGCUAAGGGGUGUCUUAACCGCUUAUGCUGAAAGUAUUGACCGCGUCUUUUACCUUGCUGCUGGGAUGGGCGUUGGCUGCUUUUUCUUUGCUGCUGGUAUGGGAUGGAAAACCCUCAAAAAAAAAGCUACUCCUUCCAAAGCAUAG